AUGGAUCGAUACAGGCUGGAGAGGUACCCAUGCGCCCGCACGCCGAUGAGCACGCUCUACCUCUGCACCGACCUGCAAACCGGCGAGCGGCUUGUCGCCAAGGCGGUCGACAGGAGCACCCCCGCCGCCGAGCGCCGCGCGCGGCGCAUGCUGCACGGGACCCAACUGGUCUCGCGGGCCCGCCGGCACCCGGGCCUUGUGGACGUGCGCGGCAUCUACGACGUGGACGCGAAGACGUACGUCGUGAUGGAGUACGUGGCGGGCGGCACGCUGCUGGAUUACGUCGUGCGCCGCGGUCCGCUUCGCGAGGCCGCCGCGGUGGUUGUGAUGCGGCAGCUGCUUGACGCCGUGGCGCACCUCCACGGCUCUGGGGUGAUGCACCGCGACCUGAAGACGGAGCACGUCCUCAUCAGCGCGCCGACGGACCGCACGGGGCCCCCAACGAGCGUCCGCAUCUGCGACUUUGGGUUUGCGGCGAGCAAAGUGCCCAACGGCGAGUGCGUGGGGACCCCGCAGUACAGCGCCCCGGAGGUCGCCGCGAUCGGCGUUGCGCAGAGCAGGGCGGGCAGCGGCAGCGGCAGCGGCAGCGGCAGCUACGACGAGAAGUGCGAUAUUUGGUCGCUCGGCGUCGUGGCGUACGCCAUCCUCAGCGGGAUGCUUCCGUUCGACGGCAGCACCCCGACGGAGGUGUUCGCGAGCAUUCUGCGCCGCCAGGUCCCUUUUCCGCCCUCCGCCUGGCAGGGCGUGGGCGAGGACGCCAAAGCGUUUGUCCUCUUCCUCCUGACGCCGGACCCCGACAAACGCCCCUCCGCGCUGCAGUGUCUGCGCCACCCGUGGCUCUUUUGA